CGGUCCGAGCCUGGUUGGUCCCAGUCUGAGUCCGGUUGGUCCUCAUUGUUGCAGAGAUGAAGUUGCUUCUGUUGUUGCUGCUGAUGGAGCGAGUUGCUGCUCAGCAACGAGGUGAGAAACUUUUUUUUUCCCACUGCUGCUCCCUGAGUCUCUUCAUGAAGUCUGACUUCAGUUUUCUCCUUUAACUGUUUUCUGUUUUUUUCUUUUAUUGUGUUUUUUUUUUAUCUUUUUGUUUUCUGUUUCCAUUUUUCAUGUUUCCUUUUUUGUUUUCAUAUUCUCAGUUUUUGUUUUAUCUUUUUCUGUUAUUCCAUUUUAUUUCCUCAUUUUUCUCUUUUUUAAUCUUUUGUUUUAAUCUGCCAAGUUUCUCUUGUUUUCUUAUUACUAAUUUUAUUAAUUAAUUUAUUACUUUCUGGGUUUUUUCCUGUUAUAUUUUUUCUUGUUUUCUGUUAAUAAAUCUUUUCGUUUUCUGCGACCAGUUUCUCAUGUUUUUGUGUCUUUUAGUUUUCCGUGUUUCCUUUUUUAUUUCCCUCUUUUUCUUGUCUGUUUUCAUUUGGUCCAUUUUUGUUUCUCAUUUUUGUUUUUUUUUCUGUUUUUAUCAUAUUUAUUCUUUUAAUCACUUUUCCCCUCCUAGUGUACUGUUAUCUGUUUUCUUUUACUUUUUAGUUCCUUUAUCUAAUUUUUGGACCCUUGGAGGAGUUUUGUGUUUUUUAUUUUUAAUAUUUGUUUAUCUGUGUUUAUGUUUUCUUUUAUCUUGAUUUAAAAACUUCUACUUUUAAAGUUUGAUUAAAUUGAUUUGUGUUUAAGUUUGUGAACUGAUCAGUAAAUCAGCUGAUUAAUCUGGUCAGAGUUUGAUGACAUGUUAAGAUUCAAUCAGCAGCAGAUCUGUUAAAGGUAAUCAGAGUUUGAUAAACAGUCAUGUGACUCUAAAACAGUUUGUUACUGAGGAAAGAAGCGAUAAACUGUCAUUCAUUUAAAAAUACUUAUGUAAGGGUAGAAAGAGGGGUGAUCUUUAUUGGCUGUUAGCUCUGUUAGAUUAAUUAGCUUUUUCACCAAUUAGCAGCUGGUGAAGACCAAAGUCCGGUCUCUCAGUGCUGUCUGAGAUCUGACGUCGCUUCUUAUUUUUCAUUUUCUCAAAAAUCAGUGUUGGCUGAAGUUCUGAACAGAAAGUUUAAAUUAAACCUUGAAAUAAAAGAGUGCAGACAGAAACAAGUUUUUGUUUUUAUCUGUUUUGUCUGUUUCUUAUCAGACGACAAUGACCUUCACCUCUGUCCUGAUUUUACCACAGAGACAAAAAAAUUACUCAAACCUUUUUACACUCUCCCUUGUUAAAGAAAAUAAAGCCAAGAACUCUGCCAAAUAAGACACAAACUACAGUAAGAGUCUGAUUAUACAACAGUACAGUCUGAUUAUACAACAGUACAGUCUGAUUAUACUACAGUACAGUCUGAUUAUACUACAGUGUGAUGAAUCCUGUGACUGAAGCCUGUGACAACACACCUCAUCCAGUUAACUCAAUAGUAAACUAAUUAUUGUGAGUUUGUGUUACUUUUAUGGCUUCAAAUGAACCUUAACUUCACCUUUACAGAUCAAAACUCCGCCCAAAUAUCAGGUGAGAUGUGCCGCUCAUGUCAGCAGUCUAAUUUAUUAAGACGUAUUAAUACACUUCCAACCUAAAAACACCAGGGGAGCGUCUGCUGUGGAUCACAGGAAAGAUCAGGGUGUUUAAAACUGGACCGGACUAAACCACACAACUUAGUAUAAAUGCUUCUAAGUGGUCAGUCUCCUCAGAGAUGGAGCUGAUUGGUGAUUGGUCACUGUUAUCAAUCAAAGGAUAACUCUGGUAUGAAUCGAUCAGAUAUCUUCUCAGAGUGAAGCUGAUUGGUGGUCAGGAGACCAUCAGACAGACGGACAGACUGAGUGUCCUGCUGAGAAACAGCCUCUCUGGUGUGUGUGUGAUAAUUAGUGUUAACAACCAAGCUCCGCCCACUUCCCCUCCACACAAAUUAUUGCCCUCCCACCACACACACACCUACAUUAGCACAACAGAGACCGUGUGUGAAUGUGUGUUUGUGUGUGUGUGUUGGUGAGGGGGUGUUCUGCUGUUUUGUCUGAUGCCUGGAGGAGGAACUUAGCUCGGGGGGCCACCCAGUGAUGUUAUCACACCUCCACAGCUGACCACACACAUCAGUCAUUAACAUCUGUUUGUGUGUGUGUGUGUGUGUGUGUGUGUGUGUGUGUGUGUGUGUGUGUGUGUGUGUGUGUGUGUGUGUGUGUGUGUGUGUGUGAGUGGCAAAAGGCAAAACCUUAAGUUGUAAAAACUGUAUUUGAGGACGCUAACGGUCGGCUGUGUAUUUCAGGUUUGUUUCCCGCCAUCUUGAACUUGGCCAGUAAUGCAGUCAUCAGCAGCAACGCCACGUGUGGAGAUCCUGAACCAGAAGUUUACUGUAAGCUGGUCGAACACGUUCCAGGACGACGGAUCAAGAAUCCACACUGCCCCAAAUGUGACGCCAACUCUGUCCUAUCCAAAGGUAAAAAAACAAAAUCAGAGUCCGCUUAACUUUGGACCAGAACCAAAGUCUACUGUGCUUCGAUACUGUAGGGACUACUGUCAGUGGCGGAUGAUUCCACAAGUAGUUAUGAUCCUCGUUUUUGUGCCUUUAAACUAAACUUAACAACUUUUAGAUCCAAGAACUCUUUUUCAGUCCUCCAGCAUGAACCAGACUCACUGUAGUUUGAGAAGUAGAAAUUUUACGGUAGUUGUAGUUGUAUCAAUAGUAUAAAUAGUAGGAGUCAUCUAAGUAUUUGUAUUGAAGUAGGCUGUGUACUCAGAACACUUUGUGUCUUUUAGAGCGUCAUCCCAUCACAAACGCAAUCGAUGGAACCAAUCAGUGGUGGCAGAGUCCAAGUAUCAAAAACGGGCAACAGUUUCACUGGGUCACCAUCACACUGGACCUCAAACAGGUAACACACCUGAACACGCCUGAACUCACUCACAUCACAUUAAAAAGAAGACCUUUACUUCACAGCAGAGGCGUGUCUACACUCAGAAAUAAUCUCCAAACAAAAAUACCAAAAAUAACUUUAAAAAAAAAAGAGGAUUAAUAAAGUAACACUAAGAAUACACAGUCAUGUGAUUAAUGGACGUGAGCCCAGCUGUAUUCACAAUACAAAUGUAUACUGAGUGUGGUGUUAGUUCUGGCAGGCCAUGAAGUCAAGCUCAGUCCACAUUACAUUAGUCGAUCCUGAUGCUGUCUCAGAUCAGCCGACAGUUUAGCUGUUGGAUUUAAACUGCUUCACCCUGACUCCUCCUCCUGCUUCUUCUGCAAACCUCCUCCACCCAGCUCCUCCUCUCUGGACUGUGUCUGGUUUUACUGGAGUCAUAUGGAUCGUCAAUAAGGUCUGCUCUGUUCUGUACCCUGGGGGGGGGGGGGGUCUUUACUGCUGCCUGUCUGGUGCUCUACCCAACAGGAAGCUCUCAGACCAGAGCCAAACCACCAAAUAUAAACCUUCAGGGUUCCCUUGGAUCCUUAGAAAGUCUUAAAAGGCAUUAAAUUCAUAAAUCUAAAAUCAAGGCCUUAAUUGGCAUUAAAUAUCUUAAAUCAAUCUUUCAAAGGUCUUAAAAAUGGUCAAUAUGAUUGUAAAGAGUCUCAGAUCUCAAAAUAAAUGAUAACAUUUAUUUUAAAAAUAAUUAACCGAAUGACUCGGAGUAACAUCGCGCAGUCACGAUAGCGUAACGAACAAAAAUAGUGAUGUGAUUGCAGCCGGGACUCUUAAGGGAAGAUGCAUGUCGUUCAUGAAGUUAUUUCCAAAACAGAAGUUAAAUCUGUUAUAAAGAGUCAACCUUUAAAAAUAUGACAAGAAUACUGGAAUACAGCUAACAGGGCAACAUCUGUACAAUAUCCAAAAACAUGUUGGCUGAAUUACUACACAGGGCAGAAACACGAAGGAGGAGACGGUAUUUGAUAAAAAAAAAAAAAAAAGAACAUUCAACAGGACUUUGUGAUUAGUGUAAGACAGCAGAAACAGUAAAACAUGUUCUCACUGAUUAUGUUAAACACAGAAAAGACAACAGAUUUGUCACCAACUUGAGAAAGAAAAUCUGGAUCUCACUGUAGAGAAUCUAUUCGGGUUAGCGUCUGAAAAAGUAUUCAAGGCAUCAAUGAAGUAUUUGAAGGAGACUGGAUUAUUGUACAGAGUUUAACUUUGGAGCUUAGUGAGUAUAUAAAUGUAUAGAUAUAUAUCUUUUAUUUUCUUAAUUUCCUGUACCUCACUCCGCUCCAGUAGGUGGCGGUAAUGGUUCUUAAGAUGGUUGCCAACCGCCAAUUAAACGAAGAAGUUCAUGUCGUUACUUUGGAAGCACCUGAAAUUCUAAAUUCAGCAAAGAUCGGCUGAACCAAGAUAUUUCUCAAAUACCAGGAAAUGUGCACGAGCCGCGGUGUGUUUUGUGCAAAACAGUUUGAAACUUUGAUCGGCGGAAGUCAAAGCAGCCGAUUCACACAUAAACUGGACGGCAUGUAUCAGCAAGUUCGGCGUAGCCACGUGCAUUCAGAGCUCCGUGUAGCGCAUGCUAACGAUGACGCGUUUGUUUUACUGUUUGAUGAGAGUCUCAACCAGACCACGAAAAAACAAACGAUCACACAAAAACUGGGUUCUACAUGUCCGAUAUCGGUGCAAAGAUCGGAUUCAGUCAAGAUAUUCGGGUUGCAGUUCGUGGGACACUGAGCAGCCUAGGAUUUACUCCGCCAUUUUAAAGUAAGUAACCGGAAAACAUUAUUAUUAUUAAUUUUAAGUAUUAUUAUUAUUAUAAUCAGUAAUUGUUGUUUAUUAACAGAAACCUCAUUCUGCCUAUCUCGUGCAUAUUAAUGUGGCGACCAAAACUUUAAUUAUAAUGCGGUCCAUAUUGUUUGGUCUUCAGCUAUGACUCGUCAAGGUGUCAAAUGAUAUUUUAUUGAUAUUCUUACUUUCUGUCAGCCUUCCGUCCGUCUGAUAUAUCUGAAAUAUCUCUCUGAGAGGACAAAAGUUCUGCUGGAUGAUGCCGAUCAGCUCCCCGCACAAGCUGAGGGAAAGGCUGGCACUGAUGGUACAGAUCAAUACCGGAUCAAACAUGUUCAGGAAGCGGUACGAAGAAAAAUGACAGCUGUUAAAAACUUUAAAUGCAACUGUGUCUUUUUUAAGCAUGUGUUUUUAUGAUGCUCGAUUAGGAUCCAAAAUACUUCAUGAAUACAGUAUGAUAGUUAUUUUGAAUUAAUGUUUUAUGUUUGUUGUGUUUUCAUGAGGAUUUGUGAUAUAUAUAUAUAUAUCCUUUUGUGUAUUGUUUUCCAUAUGUUCGACUCUGUGGUUCACUGCAUCAAAAAGUCAUUUUUUAUGUAAAAAUGAACAUUUGAUUAAAAUUGUCCCUCACCCUUUGUCAUUGCUGUGUCUUUUUUAUUUUUAAUUUGUGUUUAUUGUGAAGUUGGUCUUACAUUUAAUUUCAAAUGGCAUUAAAAAAGUGUAAAAUCUUGAACGUAACGUGCCGUCAGUGACUGAGUGAAUGCAAAUGAAGUGGUCCUGAACUGACACGAUAACCAUGUGUUAACACACACACAGAUAAAGGUUGUAAGUAAAUAUGUAAGUCAAAAACAGGUGAGAGUAAUAACUACUUCCUGUCCCUCUAGAUUUUUCAGGUCGCUUAUGUCAUCAUCAAAGCAGCCAACUCUCCUCGACCAGGUAAGACUCACCUGUCCUUUUACCCGUCUCUGUAUCUUUGUGUCUGCCUGGUCCUCUGACUGACGGAGCUGUCUGUCUCCCGGUCAGGUAACUGGAUCCUUGAACGUUCCCUGGACGGAGUGACCUUUGACCCCUGGCAGUACUAUGCACUUAGCGACACAGAGUGUUUGUCACGUUACAAUGUGACGCCCAGACUGGGACCGCCGACGUACAAGAGAGACACGGAGGUCAUCUGCACGUCGUACUACUCCAAACUCAACCCUCUGGAACAUGGAGAGGUGAGUCUGUCCCCCUUUCUGUCCGUCUCUUUAACCUGUCCCCCUCUCUCUCUGUCUCUCUUACCGGUCUUCUUCUCUCUCCAUGUCUCUCUAAUCUGUCCCCCUCUCUCUCUUUCUCUCUCUCUCUCUCUCUCUCUCUCUCUGUCUGUCUCUCUAACCUGUCCCCCUCUCUCUGUCUCUCUAACCUGUUCCUCUCUCUCUGUCCCCCUCUCUCUCAGAUCCACACCUCCCUGAUUAAUGGGAGACCUGGAGCAGACGAUCUGACCUCUGACCUUCUGAACUUCACAUCAGCUCGUUAUAUCAGACUGAGGCUCCAGCGAAUCAGAACACUGAAUGCUGACCUGAUGACACUCAGCACCCGGGACCCCCGAGACAUCGACCCCAUUGUCACCCGAAGGGUAAGACAGACUGACAGACUAACCGUUACAGACGUACCUCCUAAAACUCCUCUGAAAAACCACGAACUGUCCCUUUAAAGUACGCCUGUACGGUCACAUGAUUAAUAUCUGAUGUGUUGUUGUGUCUCAGUAUUAUUACUCCAUCAAAGACAUCUCCGUGGGAGGGAUGUGUAUCUGCUAUGGCCACGCCCAGAGCUGCCCACUUGACCCUGUUUCCAAGGUAACCACACACCACUGCACCUGUUUACCUGUGUGCAGGUGACCACGAUCAAUACCUUAUAUCCUCACAGGAGAAUCAAAACAUCUCACUGUUACCUCUGUGUGUGUGUGUGUGUGUGUGUGUGUGUGUGUGUGUGUGUGUGUGUGUGUUUGUUAACAGAAGCUGCAGUGUGUGUGUGAACACAACACCUGUGGAGAGAGCUGUAACGAGUGUUGCCCUGGUUACCAUCAGCAGCCAUGGCAACCAGGAACCAUCUCUGAAGGAAACACGUGUGAAAGUAAGACACAGCUGUCUGCCCCUCACCUGUGUGUUCAUCACCUGUCUGUCUCUCCUGUCUGUCCGUCUCACCUGUCCCUCUCUCCUGUCUGUCUCUCAGAGUGUAACUGUCACAACAAAGCCGUCGACUGUUUCUACAAUCAGACCGUCUCUGAUCUGUCUCUGAGUUUAAACACUCGGGGCGUUCGACGAGGGGGCGGAGUCUGUAUCGAGUGUCAACAACAUACAGCAGGCAUCAACUGUGAGACCUGUGCUGAUGGAUACUACAGACCUGCAGAGGUACGCAGAAAUACUGUUAUAAUACUACAGACCUACAGAGGUACACAGAUAUACUGUUAUAAUACUGCAGAGGUACUCAUAAAUACUGCUAUAAUGCUACAGAGGUACUCAUGAAUACUUUUAUUUACUGAAGGAAACAAAGUUCAUCUAAAGUUGAGUUGAUGUUUUUCUUCUAUCAGACCCUUUAAUGAGAGGUUUAUGGUCCCUGCAGGUUUCUCCAUAUUCAGACUCUCCGUGUUCGGAGUGUAACUGCGAUCUGAGAGGAUCAGAGUCUUCAGUCUGCAGCAGAGACGACACACACACAGGUCCCUGUCACUUUUAUCAUGAAUGUACUGAACACAGCAGCUCAAAGUUUGACCACACUUCUGACUCUCUGUGUGUGUUUGUGUGUGUGUCUGCAGGUGUCACAGCAGGGCAGUGUGUGUGCAAAGAGGGUUUUGCAGGUCGACAGUGCGAUCGUUGUGCGUUUGGAUACAGAGAUUUUCCUCACUGCGUUCGCUGUGAGUGUAACCUGUCCGGCAGCACCAACUCUGACCCCUGCAGCCCCUGCAUCUGCAAGGUAAACACGGCGUUAUCACACACUUCAGACUUCUUCAGUUUGAUUUGAUCCUUUAUGGGGGAGAGGGCAGCAUACAGAAAAGGGACUGUGGGUUACAGUCAACUCCUGUCCCACCUGAGGACGAUAGUCUCUGUAAUUGACAGUGUAACUUCACCAUGAGGCUAAAGCAGAACCUCAGUCACUUCAGGUUUUAUUAAAGAAGUCUACAGCAGCUUUCUAGGUACCUAACUACCUGAGAUGUUAUCCACUUUGACUGUAAAGGACACUGAGAGUCCUGUUUGAUCAGGAUUUAUCUUAGAGCUCUCGUACUCGCUGCAAAAAUCUGACACAUGCUCUUCUCAGCGAUCCAAAACAGUAGUCCAUGCAUUCUUUACCCUGUGGUUGGAUUAUUGUAAUUCUCUCUGAUUGGCUGCCUUUGUAAGCCGAUGAUGAAUGUGUGGUUUGAGUACUGACCACAACUAGGAAAAGAAACACAUCUCCGUGUCUGAGCCUCUCUGCACCGGCUCCCUGUAAAAUCUAGACAAGAAUUUAAACCUCCAAAGCUCUUAGAGGUCAGGAGCUGGUACUGUCCUAUCAUCCCCCCAUUCUGCAGGCCUGCUCGCUCUACCUAAAGUCUCUAAAAGAAGUUCUCACCUGUUCUCUCCUCAGGUGAAUGUGAUGGGCGCUCACUGCGAUCUCUGCAAACCGGGUUAUUAUAACCUGCAGGAGAGUAAUCCUCUCGGCUGCACCGACUGUUUCUGUUUCGGCGUGUCGGAUGUCUGUGAGAGCUCGGCCUGGUCAACAGCUCAGGUAAAACCUUUGAACAGGUGACACACACACACACACACACACACACACACACACACACACACACACACACACACACACACACACACGAGUUUAUCUCAUGAGUUUCUCGGGUUUGAUUGUGUUUUUUAUUUCGUAGAUUCAUCAUGCAGAUGCUUUGCUGCGCCUCACCCACUCCCCAAACACCCACUCCGUUGUCCACGGCAACGAGCUGCCCGUCCUGCGCAACGUCUCCUCAGGCCACGCCCACCAACAAGUGCUGUCUUGGGAGGCACCUAAGAGUUUCCUCGGCAACAAGGUGAGACACUUUCUCCAUCUUUGGUCGUCAUUCUGUAAAUCUGUAAACAUCAACACGACUGACUGUCUCUGUCUGUCUGUCUGACUGUCUGUGUGUGUGUCUGUCUGUCUGUCUGUCUGUCUGUCUGUCUGUCUGUCUGUCUGUCUGCAGCUGGUGUCGUACGGCGGGUUCCUGAACUUCACCCUUGUUUAUGACAUCCCAUUGGACAACGAAGACCACUCUCUACCUGCUCAUUGUGACGUCAUCAUUGAGGUGAUCAAAAGUGUUUUUAUUUUCAGUUUCUAAAUUCAGAGGAGAAUCCAAAUCUGCCGUCACGACGUCCUUCAAAGUAAAACUUACUGAUUUUUUUUUUCUGUCUUGUCUUCAGGGAAACGGUCAGAGAGUACAUCUGUUACCUCGUGUCCUCGCCUUCCUCUCCCCUCUGGCCGAACAAUCAGUCGCUGUCGCAGUCGUCCCGAAUGGGUUCGCUGAAGUCCAGACGGGUCGCCGCAUCACCCGUGAUGACCUGCUGUCAAUCUUGGCCGAUGUGUCUGCUCUGAGGGUGGAAGUUCGCCUGAAUGCCUCCGCUGAUGGGCCAGUACAGUAAGAGCUACUUUUCUAAUUAAGAAUAAGGGAAUAAAGAAGCUCCAGAACAAUCCCACCAGACCCACGAAACGAGAACACGGACAUUUAUACAGUCAGAGUAAAAGAGACAGAAUCUAUCAGACUUUACUGUCACAGCACUUUUCAUACACCAGCCUCACAAAGACAAAAACAAACCUGCUAAAAGAGGAAAUCUAAAGUUCAGAACCCCAACAAGGCCCUGAUGUAGUGUUCAGACAUGUGGAAACUUUGGAGAACCCACAAACAAAAACACAAGCUGAUAUACUAACAGACCAGACUGAGGAUGGGAGAGAUAACAGACUUUGAGCUCCAGUACUAAACCUGAGUGAGAUGACAGUCGGAGUUCGUCUCCUCAGCAGGAAAGUGUUUCUUUGACUCGGCGGGUUUCAGCAGGAGGUGAAGGUUCAGGUUCUCUGUGGUUCUGUUCAGGAGGGACUCAAACACCUCCCACCUGAUCACUCACGUCUCUCCAUUUGUCAGUCUCAGACACCUGUCCCUGGACGUUGCUGACCCUGUCUCCAUAUCCGGCGGUCAGGCGGUUGCCGUGGAGAUGUGUGAGUGCCCGUGGGGGUACAGCGGCACAUCCUGUGAGGUCAGAGGGUUUUUAAAUUCACAGCUGGGCUACAGUAUUCGUUUGUUUGCUUAUUUAUGUCCUGUGUGUAUUAAUGUGUGUGUUUUUGCUGUUGUUGUAGGCGUGUCUCCCAGGUUUCUAUAGAGUGGGCGGAGUUUUGUUCGGAGGAAACUGUCUGCAGUGCGAGUGUAACGACCACGCCACCGAGUGUGACAGCGACGGCGUUUGUUUGGUGAUUUAAUAUUAAAUUAAAUUCUGUUUCUUUGUGUUUUCUCUUCUUAAUGAACUCAGUACAUCCCGCCAUGAUUCUCACUCUGUUACCAUGGUAACUCUCUCAGGGUUGUACCCAUAAUACCACGGGUCCUCACUGUGACCAGUGUCUACCCGGUUUCUAUGGCGACCCCACCGAGGGGACCGCAGGUGACUGUCAGGUGUGUCCAUGCCCUCUGAAGGAGCCGUCUAACAGGUGCAUCUCCUCUCUGAUUUCAGAAUUUACAACUUAGUAAAAAUCAGAAAUAAUAAAAAAAUUAAGAUAAUUCAGAAAUCUUAUUUAUGUAUAUUGAAGAAUGACGUGUUUACACCUGUGUGUGUGUGUGUGUGUGUGUGUGUGUGUGUGUGUGUGUGUGUGUGUGUGUGUCUCAGUUUCAGCCCUACCUGUAUGCUGGAACCAUCCGGACAGGUAUCAUGUGAUCAGUGUCAGGAGGGGUACACUGGAAGAAACUGUGAGAGGUGAGGAUGAUUGACAGUCUUCAUUGUCCAAUCAGAGGGGGUGACUCUGCUGUAAUACCUGUUCGUUUGUGUCAUCAGGUGUGCCAGCGGUUUCUAUGGAAACCCUCAGGUGCUGGGUGGAACCUGUGUCCGCUGUGAGUGUAACGGUAACGUUGACAUCAGGGAGGCCGGGCACUGUGACACCGUCACCGGGGAAUGCCUGCGUUGCCUUGGCAACACUUUUGGAAGACACUGCGAGGUCUGUCAGCCCGGUUACUAUGGAGACGCAGUGCACGCCAAGAACUGUCAAGGUGAGACACACACACACACACACAAAGGUAAACCUGCAGCUAAAACUCCACUGAGCCCGUGAUGAACUGAGGCCCUCAGAGAGUGUGUGUGAGUGUGUGUGUGUGUGUGUGUGUGUGUGUGUGUAGAGCAGAGCUGACCGGAGAUUAAGAAGCUGACAGCCGAUUGGUCAGUUUGAAUUUUUCAGUUUGGAAUGUUGAUCUGUUAAAAUCCAGAUUAGACAUGACCUCUGACCUCUUUGUUCUCCGUCACAUGAUUCUGUGUGAAUGUGGGAGUGUGUGUGUGUGUGUGUGUGUGUGAUGUAAUGACGAAUAAAAUUAAACUUUUAAGUGAGCAGAAGUAAAUUUAAAAAAAGUCAGAAAACAUUUAAAGAUUAUUAAUUCAAAGUUAAAUGGGAACAUGAGGUCAAAUGAAGUUUUAUUGAGAGUUAUUAAAGUACGUCAAGAAUCUUCUAGGUUUUAUUUUAGAGUAUUAAAGGCAGUGGUGUCCUCAGAGGAGGGGCAAUCGUCCCCUUGGUGUCCUCGUGUAUAAAAAAACGCCACGAAGUCUUUCUCUUGACUGUUUUUGUAGUAGAUAAAACAAUCCGACCCGGCUCCCUCUUGCACCACUGAGGGGUAAAAUCACAUGAAAAAAGGCGCCCUGGUGGAUUUAAGUCCAAGUGUCCCAAGGUUGGUCUCCUCCAGAUAAAACGUAGACAAAGUUCCCUCUGGUGUCCUUGAAGAUCAAAAGUAAACUUUGUCCCCCUCCUGAUUCUCCUUCUAGAGAAACAAAGAACAAAAAGCCCCAUCGGGUUGUUUUUUGUAGAAUAAAGUUUCCUCUUGUUGCUUUUCGUGUAUAAGACUUAAACAAAGUGCCAUUAAUAAUUUAUAACCAGUAUCCAACUGUGUUAAAGGAAAUAAAGGACCAUCAUUUUUAGUUUUCAUUGGACCAAGUCUCCUUUGGUUGCUCAUUUAGUCGAUUAUAUUAUCACGUUGUUCUUCAAGUUUGAUAAAUGGUGGGCGGGCUUCCUUUCUUCUCAGAGUGCAGCUGUGACGUCAGCGGCGCCUUUUCCAGCGUAUGUGAUGUCACAACAGGUCAGUGUCUGUGCAAGGAGAACGUGACGGGACGCACCUGUGACCGCUGCCAGGUGAGACAAACUCCCACACGACGUAACUUUGUUUCCACUUUAGUCUGACAGGAUACCUGACCCUAACUCGAACACACAGAGUAGAAAGUGCUCCAGGUGUUGUUGUUUUUAUCAGUCGACUCCAUCAGAUCCUGUUUUAUUUGUUUAUUUCUGGUCAGUUUCUAAAGUUGAUGAAUUAGUCUGUGUCUCAGAUGCUCCACCCUCUCAAACUCUUGUUUCCGUCCCUCUUCAUUGUUCUUUUUUUUUCAGUUUGGGUUUUUCGGGCUGCAGAGCGGGCGCGGCUGUCAGGCCUGUGGCUGCAACCAAUCAGGAUCUCUCUCUGAGUCAUGUGAUGAGCAGGGGCGGUGCCAUUGUGCUGAGGGCGUCGCAGGAGACAAGUGCGACCGCUGUAGUCGCGGUUUCUAUGGUUACAGUGCAAACGGCUGCAAAGGUACUUAACCAGCUAAGGUAACAAAUCUGUCCGGCUGCUGAUUGGUUAAAGCUCCUGACUCUGAUUGGCUGCAUUGUCUUCUUCUCCCAGCAUGCAACUGUGAUCUUACCGGAGGGAACUGCGACCCCGAGAGUGGCAAGUGCAUCUGCCCCGCCCACACAGAGGGGGACACCUGUGACAGAUGUGAGACAGGUUACUGGGGUCACGACCUCACCACAGGCUGCAAGGUAUACACAAGUACACAAUAAGUACACAAAAAGAACACACAGGUACCUUCAGAGUACACCUGAAGCACACAAAAGUACACACAAACUACACACAGGUACGACAUUAACUCCUGAUGUCUCUCCAGCCAUGCAGCUGCAGCUCCGGAAGCUUCGCCCCCCAGUGUGACCUGGCCAAUGGACAGUGUCCCUGCAAGGAGGGAUUCUCUGGCAGGUCAUGUGAUCAGUGUGCACCUGGUUACUAUGGCUACCCAGAGUGCUUAGCAUGUGGCUGCGACAUAGCGGGAACAGACGAAAAGUUCUGCAACACGACGCUCGGCGUGUGCGACUGUGGACACACGGGACAGUGUGUGUGCAAGGUAACACACCUGUGUGUGUGUGUGUGUGUGUGUGUGUGUGUGUGUGUGUGUGUGUGUGUGUAAAUAAACUCAUACUGUAUCAACAGUAUGGGUUUAAUUCUGAUUAACAUGCUGUUAAAUUAAAUAUAUAAAUGUUUUUCCAACAGGCGGGGGUUUCUGGGCGACACUGCGAGGAGUGCGUCUCCGGUUGGUUCGCUCUGUCAGCUGACGGUUGCUCGCCGUGUUUCUGUUCAGGACUCAGCUCAGACUGUGAAGAAACGGGCGGACUGUUCAGAGCUCCUGUGAGUACAAAUACACCCCCCAUGAAACUCGAUUAUACACCCCAAAAUCCUAAACUCCCUCGUCACGGAUGAGAGUUCAUUAAGACUAAAUUUAGCUCAUUAUGCUGCCUCUGUGUUGUGUAACUUUAUAGCUCAUUAAUACAAAUAUUAAAUAAAAUAAAUUAACAGGUAAACAAAUAUCAAUUUAAUGUAAAGAAAAUUAACAUUUUGCAGUGAAUGGAGCUCUCCGUUUAAUAAAUAAACAGUUUUAUUUUGUUGUUAUUUCUGGACACUGUUAGAGACUCUUCUUGGACCUGCUGUUUCACUCAGAGACUUGUGACUCGACUUGGACUUGUUAAAAAUGACUUCUUGUUCCCGUCUCCGUUGCUAACUCUAACCUCACCCCUCUCUUCCUCUCCACAGAUCACCCUGGCUCCCUCACCCCCUCUCUUGCCGUUGGUCAGCCAGUCUAACCUGCGGGGCGUAGUUUCUGGAGUCUUCCUGAGUGGCGGCGAGAUGCUGCUCGACACCCGACACCUCAACACCAGCGGACUGGCCGGCCCCCUCUACUGGAGACUACCUCGUCAGUUUGAGGGAGAACAGGUAAUGUUGUGUUUGACCCACGUCUUUGACUUGCAGGUUGUAGAAAAACCUGCAGUGUUGUGUCUUUUGGCCCUUUUCGUUGUCUUGUAGGAGAAUCAUCUCAACAGGAAGCGUCCUACUUGUUAAUCAGUCUGUGUUUUUGACCUCAAACUUUAAUCUGUGAAGUGACUUUCAGAGUAAAUUGUGUUAUUUUGUGUUUCUGAUGAUGUACUUUAUGUGUGUUUAUCGUGAAGAUGAUGUCGUACGGCGGCAUUCUCUCUUACGUCAUCACUUUCUACGCUGAGGACGGGGCAGGUCUGUCCAAUCAGGAGCCUCAAGUGAUGAUGAGGGGCGGGACUCUGAGAAAGCUGGUGAUUUAUACCGACAUGGUUGCUCCUGACAACGGCAUCAAGACAAAACACGACAUUAGGAUGACAGAGGUGAGGUUACAAGGAAUUAUGGGAAAAAAGAGAGAGCCAGAACUUCAAAUAUUUGGUUAUUGAAGUGUGUGUGUGUGUGUGUGUGUGUGUGUGUGUGUGUGUGUGUGUGUGUGUGUGUGUGUGUUACAGCAUAAGUGGAAAUACUUUAACUCUGUAUCGGACAAGUCAGUGACUCGCUCUGACUUCCUGUCUGUCAUCAACAACCUCGAAUACAUCGCCAUCAAAGCGUCCUACGGAACCACACUGCUUCAGAGCAGGUACACAACUACACAACUACACACACACACACACACACACACACACACACAUACUGUCACAGAUUUGUGCAGAAACACAUAUCCUGUCAUUUAAAUAGGAUUUCAAACAUCACCAUGGAAACAGCGUUGGGGGCGGAGUCACUGGGUGACCCAGAGAGUGAUGUGGGUGUGGCCAGACACAUUGAGUCCUGCAUCUGUCCACUUGGAUACGCUGGACUGUCCUGUCAGGUAACUAACCUCCGUCUCCAUGGUAACCUCCUCAUAAACACCAGAGACUCGACGCCCUCCCUGACCCGUCUGUCUCUCGUCUGUCUCUCGCCCGUCUCUCGCCGUAGGACUGUGCAGCAGGGUUUUUCCAUCAGCCUGCGGCGGAGCUGUCGUCUCAGAGUCUGAAGUCGCUCUUUGUUCGUCCGUGUGUUCCAUGUCGCUGCAACAACCACAGCGGGAGCUGCGACCCGGAGACCGGAGACUGUCAGGUAACGUGCUAACGCUGAAGGACGAGUAUCUUUACCUGAGCAGGUGUUUGGGUUAUGGAGGGAACUUUGAAGAUAACCGUGGAGCACAAAAGCUGUGAUGUUGAUCUUUUUGUGUUCCAGGUUUUUCAUUGGUCGUUCUUAUCAUGUUUGUUUGUGUGUGGUCUUCAAACAGGACUGUCAGCACAACACCACUGGGCGAGGCUGCGAGCUGUGUGCCCCAGGGUAUUAUGGGAAUGUGAGCGGCUCCAUCAGUGAUUGCUCUCUGUGUGCCUGCCCCCGACAGGACAACAGGUAACUACACAGGGCUUGACACUAACUUUUUUCACCAGGAGCACACAAACAACUUUAGGGGCACAAUGAAAACUGAUCAAUAAUGUUUGUCUUAUUGAUCGACCUUAGUACUAUUAUUAGAAAUCAAUUUGAGGUCUUUUGGUCACAUGACAGUGAAGCUAUUGAAGAAAAACAGCCUUUUCUGAAAACAUCAACCGUUAAUUUAUUGACGGUCCCUUAUUCAACACCGACGUUGACAGUGAGGGUGUCGAGUAGAUUUAACCGCGCUGCUGUUGUUAUUCCCGGUUAUGGAGAGUGAGAAGACACCGGUAGAUCCUCAGAGAAUGUCCGUCAGAUAUCCAACCUAAAACUAACUUCACCGCCGUAUUUACAGGAAACUAUAUCCAACCUGAAACUAACUUCACCGCCGUAUUUACAGGAGAAUAUAUCCAACCUGAAACUAACUUCACCGCCGUAUUUUAAGAGUCCUGCUGCUGAGGAACUUUUUACAAACACACAUCUUGAUGUCAUGUGCUCAACUCUGUGUCGUGUGUGUGUGUUUGUGAUUGUGUAGUUUCAGUCCCACCUGUGUAGCAGAGGGAGCCUUUGGUGAUUUCCGCUGCACGGCCUGUCAGGAAGGAUAUGAGGGGAGAUACUGUGAGAGGUGAGACUGAUAGGACGAUAGUCGUCACAUGACGUGUGGCGUCAACACUUCCUGCUAAAUGACCUGAAUUUAUGAAGACUUUUAUUUUGAAAGGCUCAAACCCUGACUUUCAUCCUCCAGGUGUUCUGUUGGUUACUAUGGUAACCCAUCAUUGCCUGGCGGGGUGUGUUCACGGUGCACCUGCAGUGGGUGGGGCUCCCUGCAGCCGCUCUGUGACACGCUGACCGGGCAGUGCGACUGUAAGGCUGGGGUCAAAGGUCAAUCGUGUGACCAGUGUGAAGAAAGACAUGUCCUGGAGGCGGGCGAGUGUGUGUGUAAGUACCAAAGACACAGACACACACACACACACACACACACAGACUCUGGUUGGCACGUCGUGUUUCCUCUGAGGUGAAUUGUGUGUUUACGUUUGUGUAUUUUUACAGCGUGUGAUGACGAGUGUUCCGGCGUUCUGUUGGACGACCUGGAGAAAGUUCACAACUACUUCCUGUCUGUCAACCUGAGCAGCGUUGCCAUGGCACCGUACAGCCAGCUGGUGAUGCUGGAGAACCGGACAAGAGAGUUCAAGGUACACACACACACACAUACACUUUGUGAGGACAACACUGUGUAAAUUCUUUGUUCCGGACACUUUUUUAUUGUGUAGCUGCGAUGCUGCAAAUACUAAAGGGUCAACAGAGUUAAAAUGUCACUUCAGGACGACGAACAGUCAGAAGAACCGCAGGAGCUCAUCCAAGAUUUCUAUUCAUGCAGAAAAAUGUCUCCUCAAGUAAAACUUUCCCCUCUGGAAAAAUUUCACCUUGAAGUUUAGUCCUCACAAGGAUACACACACAGAGUGACAUAGUAAAGCACCACAUAUUAAAAUGCUGCCCUCUUGUGGUUGAAAGUGAUACUGACUCAGACGUGUUUUUUUUUUUGUCCUGGUGAGAGUUUCACACCAUCAUAGCAGGUAAACCUGAGACUGAAGCUUUAACACCUUACACUCUCUUUGUUUACCUGCUGUUUGUUUACAGGUGGCGCUCUCUCCGAACACCUCCGUCACCCUGCGUCUGUCCAGAGUGGAGGAUGAGCUGAGUCAUGUGACCUCUGACCUCAGCGCUCUGAUGCAGCAGGUAAUCAUGGUUACUCAGAGACGUUUAACGGUAUCCUCCCCUCACAUAUUCACUCAACACAAACAGAGCGCACACACACACACACAAACACACGCACACACACGCACACACACACACCAUUAAAGUUGAUUCACUGUGAACAUUACAGUUUAGAUCCAUUAUCAUUACAUUGUGAGAAUGUGGGCGUUGACUGACAGUAUUGUCUCUCUUCUGAUUGGUCAGGUCACAGAUCUAACGAACAAUCUGGAGAAAGUGUCGACGUCCACCACGAACAGCAUUUCCCAGAGUGCACAGCUGCUGGAAAGUAUCAGCAACCUGCAAGACAACAUUCAGGGUAAACAACAGCAGUUUGUUGUGAAGGGCAUUACGACGCGUCGAAUGGCGUUUUAAAAAUGGAGGAGUCUGUUUUCUCUGAUGAUGUUCAGUUGAUUAAUUUUCAGACGUUGCGUAGCGAUAGUGUUCUCAUUCGGCUUCCCCUUGAGUCAUGGUUAUGGUUCGUGAUGAUGUCAUUCAUCGCCAUCCACCGCUUUAAAAAACUUGAGUCUCUUUAAUCUGAUUGGCUCAGUGCUACAGAGGGAGGCGGAGACUCUGAACCAGACUACAGUGGAGGAGCUUGAUUCAGCCAAUCAGACACGUUUCCUCGAGGAGGUGGAGUCCAUGCUGGACAUCGUCAGAGCAGUCAACCUGACGGACGCCAACAUCACAGCCAAUCAGGAGCUCAGGUGAGAGGAACAGAAGGCUUUAUGAACACGUGUGUAUGUUUACUUAUGAACGACUGAACACUCUCUCUCUCUCUCUCUCUGCAGUCUCUCCGAGUCUCUCCUUCACUCGCUGCAGCAGGACAUCGUGUCGUACAGAGCGGGCCUCGAUGACAGGCUCCGCCCCCUUUCAGCCUCUCUUUCAGACGGCGGCGAAACGCUUCAGUUUGUACACAAACAGCUGAGCGAAGCCGCGACACGAAACAAAGAGACGCACACGCUGCUAAACAACGCACACACUCUGCUGCACACACACCAGGUAAAAACUCGCACACACCUGCAGCUCACUCGCACACCUGAGACGACCUGCUGAGGUUUGUCGUUGUGUUUUCCAGUCGCUUCAUCAGAACCUGAGCGCUGAGUGUGUGUCUGCGGACGGAGUGAUGGAGGACGCACAGCUGCUGCUGGAGGACACCAUCAGCAUCACACAGGAGCUCACAAACACAACCACGGUACGACAAACACACACACAUAUAAGACGGUCAUGUGACGCAGACACACGGAUGUUAAAAUCAUCGUGUAGCGUGUGUUUGUGGUUUUAUAAGUUUAAGAUUGUUAAACUCCUUACUUACUCACCUGUGUGUGCAGCAGGUAGAGGAGUUCAGCGGCCAGCUGGAUCAGUGGCGCCCCCUGCUGAGGAAACAGGUGGACGGUUUGGUCGUCGGGCUGAAGAAGACGGAUGCUCUUGAAAAUGUUUACCGUGCAGAAAGCCACGCCCACCAGCUGCAGAGCCACAGCCAAUCUCUGCACAGGUGAGUGUUUCAGUGUUAGUACUCCACCUGUCCGGAGAGAGGAGGGUUUUUUCUUCAGCGCAGAGCAUUUCUGAUAGGUGGAGACAUGUUUCAGUGGUUCUAAAGUCAGUUAGAGGUCUAGAUGAUUUCGAAGGGAAAUCCCUUAAACAGGUGCAGACAUAUUUUCUGACGGACCUCUUUAGAUUUGGACAGAUCUGACAGACUUGUCCAGGUAUCAGUUUUACAGGUGUGGACAGACGCUGUGGAUGGAUUUCCACAGGUGUGGACAUGUUCAUGAACUGUUUUUUUAUGGCCCACAUGAAGCCCCUGAUUGUUGUCCGCUCUGUCUCUCAGCUUGCUCUCCUCGGUGUGGAACGUCUCCCAAAAUGGCAGCCGAUUGGUUCAGCUGGACAGCGACAUCAGACAACGAGUAAACUCCGCCCAGCAGGUUGCCUUGAUCGCUCAUAACGCCGCCUCUGCUGCUCUAAAUAUGGUGAGUGUGUUCUGAUACCAAACACGCACAGACACGCACUGUUUUCUUACUUUAGGACAUUAAAAGAUCAAAGAUGCUGAAAUUUUUGGUUGACUGCUUUCACCUAAAAGGAGGGCUGUGGUCACGAUGGCGAGCAGGACGUGGCGUUUGACUGCUCUGAUAUGAAUGUAAGUUUCUGUCUCUACAUUAAAGACUGCUGUUUGUGUUUGUAUUCCAGAGCGUCCAAUCAGAACAGCUGCUGUCAGAGGAGGGCGGAGCCAAACUCAACAUAAGCUCAGCUGUUUUGGAAGAAAGUAGAAGACUCAACCGGACAGCUGAAGGUGUGUGUGUGUGUGUGUGUGUGUGUGUGUGUUUGUGUGUGUGUGUGUGUGUGUGUGUGUGUGUGUGUUUGUGUGUGAAUCAAUGAAUGUGUGACCCUCCGACACUGAAAACAUGAAUUAUAUUUGAUCGUCUUUCAGAGCUGCGCCUGAAUGUUUCCAUGGUAACCAACCGACUUGGUUUGGUUCGAGAGAGUCUCAGAAACUCAAGCUUACUGCUCCGUCAGCCAAUCACAGAGCUGCUUGGACUAUCAAAUGGUGAGACAAAUCUAUUCACAUCACAAUUAUUGUAGAUUUAAUUAUAAUAAAUAUAAUAUAAUUAUUAUUAUGAUUUUACUAUUAUUAAUAUUUUAAUUAUUGUUAUAAUAAUUAUGAUAAUUUUGAUUAUUAUAAAAUUAUAGAUAUAAUAUAAAUAAUAACAGUUGAAAUUAUAACGCAAUGAUUGUAGACACACUAACAUACCGUAUUUUUCGCACUAUAAGGCGCACUUAAAAUCCUCAGUACGCCUUAUAGUCAGGUGGGCCUUAUGUUUUAAUUCUGGUUGUGUUUACUGACCUUGAACCGAUUUUCUGUGGUACACAGCGCUCAAAAAUCUGUCAAAAUGAUUUAUUACGACUUUGGUAAGUUACAAAGCCACUCAGCCUGAUGGCUUGUCGGAAUAAAGUUUGACUUAUCUGACAGUUUUGUUUGGUUUAAUGCGCUUUAUAAUCGGGUGCGUCUUAUGUAUGAAAAUAGACGCGUUCAUUGAUGGUGCUCCUUAUAGUGUGAAAAAUACGGUAAAAAUAACUUUAUGGCUUAAUUAAUUUGCAAUGUAUUGAUUUAAUGACCCAUAAUUGACAGACUUUAUCAGUAUAUUAUAUAUUGAUGAAAUAAUGUAUAGAUGUAUUGAUGUAAAUAAUUAAUUGACGAAUGAAUGAUUGAUGUAUUGAUCAGAUUCUGCAGCCAUGUUGGAGCAGUCUCAGCUCCAGGCGGCAGCGGUGCGCUCUGACCUGCAGGAGGCGCUGCAGCGUCUGAACGCUCUCAGACAGCAGCUCCAGGUUUCUUCUUCUGUGGUGGAAAACACCAACGUGACGGUGAGGGAGACCAAUCAGCUGGUGACGGACUCACACUCUGCAGGUAGAACACACACACAAACACACACCCUCUCAGCCUGAAACUUCACACACAUUCAUGGAGCUGACGCUCUUUAUGUUUCUCAGCCAAUGAGGCGCAGCGUAAGCUGGAGGAGGCGGGGCAUCGGACAGAGCGCCUCAUGGACAGGAUAAAGCCGCUGAGCAUGCUGGGAGAAAACCUUAGCCGGAAUCUGUCAGAUAUCAGAGAGCUGAUCAAUCAGGCCCGGAAACAGGCUGCCUCGGUACGCACGCACACACACACACACACACACACACAUGAUUACAUGAAUAUUCAGUAAAAAUCAUUAUAAUGUCUGAAUGUUUGUUUUAACAAUGUCAUCGAUGAUGUCAUCAGAUUAAGGUGGCGGUGCAGGCGGACAGAGACUGCGUCAGAUCGUACCGACCUCAGAUCGAGUCGACAAACUUCAACACGCUGAGUCUGACUCUGAAGACGGACAGCCCUGAUAACCUGCUGUUCUACCUGGGCAGCAACUCCACGGUGAACACACACACACACACACACACACACACAUACACACACACACACACACACAAACACGCAUGCGGUGUUCAAACGCAGAAUUCAGGAUUCCGAUGACUGAAAAGGCUACGUUCACCCUGCAGGUUAUGAUUUUUUGUUAAAUCCGAUCUUUUCACACGCUCUUAGUUUAAAAUAAAUCUCCAUGGUAACGUAGGUGGACUUACUUUAGUCUCGCCAAAGUUCAGUCAGGGUGAGAGGAAAAUCCCGGCCUGAUCGUUUAUCGAGGUUUUAUUAUUUUUGAAGAUAAAGUCACUUUUACAGCUUUUAACACAAAAUACAAUCAUGAAGUCAUUUUACUGAUCGGACACCAUCAGGUUCAAACUUCAGUUUAACCCACAGACACAGGCGCCGACAGGUACCAGAGUCAGUGUUAAUAAUCUUUACCCUGUUACUCUGUUAUGGUGCAGGCUGACUUCAUGGCUGUAGAAAUGCAUGAUGGGAAGGUGUCCCUGCUCUGGGAUUUGGGCUCAGGUGGAACCAGACUUGAGUUUCCUGGACUCGACAUCAGCAACAACAGAUGGACCAGAAUAAAUGCCACCAGGUAAAACCGAUACAAGGGGGCGGAGACUUAUGCUGCGUUCGAGUUACCUCAGAAGUCAGACGUCGGAGCUGAAAAUGACGUCACACCUGAGUUCCCAGCAUUUCAGUUACCAAGUCGGAAAAAAGCAACACGAUGGCUACAUCUACGAAAGUUAUUUUAGCGCUUUCUUUAUAUUCCGACAAGGCAAGCGCUAAAAUAACUUUCGUAGAUGUAGCCAUCUUGUUUCCGAGACCUAUUUCGCUUUUUACCGACUUUGUAACUAAAACGCCGGGAACUCGUCAUUUUCAGCUCCGACGUCUGACUUCCCAGGAAACUCGAACGCCACUUUAAUUACAUGUUGUCCAUCAGUGUUGAUGAUGUCAUGUGAUGAUGUCAUGUGAUCGGCAGGUUUGGGACGAAGACCUCUCUGUCGGUCUAUCAGCUGGAGUCGGAGGCGGCCCCGUUACCGGCGGUAACAGCAACCUCACCUGGACCGUCACAGGUUUUGGACAUCAAUGAAAACUCAGUGAUCCACAUCGGAGGGAGGAGCACACACACACAGGUGAGGUGACUCACACCUGCACAGGUGAUCCACUCAUGUUCAAUACGCUCUGGAUGCUGUAACAGUAACACUAACCUGUGCGUAUGAUGUCAGACUCCGCCCCUCCUCAGGUCGUCCACCUUUCAGGGGUGUGUAGGUGAAGCGUUUCUGAACGAGAGGAACAUCGGUCUGUGGAACUACGUCAGCAGGGAGGGGAGCUGUGGAGGCUGCUUCAGCAGGUAGGACAGGUGUUCACAUGACCCCGCCCACAUGACCACACCUCUGAGCUCUGUGUGUGUUCAGCUCCUCCCUCACCUGUCCACCUGUCGCUCUCAGUCCUCAGAUGGAGGAGACCUCGUUCCACUUCGAUGGUUCUGGUUUCUCAGUGGUUCAGAAGUCUCUGCGGGCGACCUCCACCUCCAUCGUUCUGCUCUUUAAGACGCUGUCGCCGGGCGGAUUACUGCUCUACCUGUCCUCCAAUAACACUGUAAGACACACACACAAACACACACACACACACUGGUAUGUUUAUUAUUGAGGCUCUUAAUCUGAAGGACUCAUGGCCUUACUUCCUGUCUCUUGCAGAGGGACUUCCUGUCCAUUGAGCUGGUUGAGGGGCGUGUCCGUCUGACCUUUGACCUGGGCUCAGGUGCGCUGAUCCUCACUUCCAAUAAGAAGUACAACACUGGAGUGUGGUACAAGAUCACCCUGCAGAGGAGCAAACGUAAAGGUACUAAUGAUCCUGAUACUUCUGAUACAUUAAUACUGCAAUACUACAGCUACUGUACACAAAUACUACAGCUAUAACUACUACUGCUGACACUGCGACCACAUUACUUCUUUCUUAAAGUCGUCCUGUGGAUCUUUUUAACAUUAUUAGUCCUUCUUGUUUCUUUGUUUUAAGAAAUCAUCAUUUUAAAUCUCAUUACUGUAAACUUGAAGUAGAACAAGAAUACUGCACAUGUUAGUACUAGUGCUGUUAAGGACUGAUGUAUAUGGUAGUAUCUGCAGGACUGUAGCUGUUAUUGUGUUCGCAGGUUACCUGUCCAUCAUGGCAGCCGACCAAUCAUCAGAGAAGGAGGUUUUGGAGGCGGAGUCUCCUGGAACCGCCUCUGACCUGAACAGGUCUGACCUCGACCCGAUCUACAUCGGAGGACUUCCUGCAUCCAGACCAAUCAGGUGAGAUUUAAAUAUGAGCUGGUUUAGGAGUGGUGAUGUCACAGGUCAUGUGACUGACCUUUUAUGGUGUCUGUGGUUCCUAGGCGACAGGUGGUGUCCAGGUCAUACAUGGGAUGUAUCAAAAAUGUGGAGAUCGCUCGCUCCAACUUUGACCUGCUGAGAGACGCGUAUGGAGUCAGGAAGGGCUGCGUGCUCGAGGUGACACACUCUUUACACCAAACACAGAGUUUUCCUCUGUAAACACCAAUAAUUAUUGAUCUGUCAGUGUUUGAAUGUCAUGAUUAUUAUUUAUUAUUGAUUAUAGAACAGUUGUUUUAUCAGAACCUAUUGAUCGAUGUUUUUCAGGCGGUCAGGAGUGUGUCUUUGCUCACCGGCGGCUUCGUUCAGAUCGCUCCACGAUCUUUCAGUCAGGAGGCGGAACUUCUCUUCUCCUUCUCAUCCAAAAACCAAUCAGGAGUCCUGCUGGCUGCCCUGAGUGACACACACAAACAGGUGAGACAUGUCAGUCAAAGCUAAACUGGGAUUACCUUUGUGUGAUCUGAGUGUUUAUCAGUUUGUUUCUACUGAGUGACGAUUGUUGAAAUUAUGAUGAACACUAUCUUUUACCUCUUCUCCUGCUCAUGUGACUUUUUCUGUGUGUCUUUAGCACUUCCUGUCAGUCCACCUGGUCUCAGGUGCUCUGGAGGCGGAGCUUGGAGAUGUAGGUGGAGCUUCUCGAAAAGUGAUGUUAGUGAAACCUGAUGGGACGUCCUUCAGCGACGGAAAGAAACACUCUGUGAUUAUUACCAUCAACAAGAAGUAGGUGUUACUAUGGAAACAGUCGCUCACCCACCUGUCUUACCCGCCCACCUUUCUCACCUGUGAUCAUUCCUUUAAUCUUGUGUCACCCUCAGGUCACUGUCCAUGCAGGUGGACGAAGAACAGACAAAGUCUGUCUCUCUGUCGCCAGGCGGGUUUUCCCGUCUGUCUCAGUCCUCUUUGUUCAUUGGUGGGAUCCCAUUAGGGGAGGAGUCUCGCCUACCAAUCAGAUUACAGGAAGUGUCCAGGUUGUUCCGAGGCUGCAUUCAACACCUGGUGGUGGGCGGAGUGUAGGUCCCACUCGCACACAUUAACACAGACACACAAACGUUUGUGCGGAAACCAAAUCACAUCCUUUGAUUUCUUUGUGGGGAUCAAUGGUUGGUCCUCACUUGUACACAAAGACAAACACACCCAUGUUUUAAUCGUUUAUUGGUGGUUCUGUUCAGGCUUGUCGACCUAUCAGAAGCUGUGAAGUAUGAGGGGGCGGAGCUUGACAGCUGCCUGUUGGAGGAGAAAGUCAGAGGGGCGGUGCUUCCAGAUGACACCGAAAUCGAACCGACUCCUGACCCCACCUACAUACCAUCAGCCCCGCCCACUCACCUGAGCGCUUUCACACCUGGAGUCCUUACGGUAAAUGAAGGAGAUGAUGAUUGGUCGCUGAUUACAGAUACUUAAGUGUGUUUAUUGAUCAUUGAUUACUAAUAAAACAGCCGUGUUCUGAUACAUUAAUUGAGAUUUAAUUGAUCAGGGAUGAUUAAUUGAUUGGUUAUUGAUCUGUGUGUGACAGUGUGUGUCGGAGGUGGAGCCUACAUUCCUUCCAUCGGCGGCUCAGUUUGGUUUGUCCAAACACAGUCACAUGACCUUCAGGAUUAACCCCAGUACAGUCAAACGAAGGUAAGUCUCCAUGACGACAGGGAUGAUAUGGUAGAGAGGGAAACGUUUUUAACUGUGUGUGUGUGUGUGUGUGUGUGUGUGUGUGUGUGUGUGUGUGUGUGUGUGUGUGUGUUAUCAGUGUGUCCCUGAGGUUGUCACUCCGCAGCAGAGCUCUGGACGGGCUCAUCGCGCUGCUCUCCGACGCCAAACAAAACGACUUCAUCGUCCUCAGACUGGCGGGGGGCCGGCUCAUCAUGUCAGCUGACCUCGGUAAAGGCCCCGCCUCCAUCACCUCGUCGGUUGCCGUUAACGAUGGAGCGUGGCACACUGUGAGUUCUCGCCGCUGACACACACACGCUAAAGUUGGGGAUGGUCACGGCUGUAUGUUACAGGCUGUGACGCCUUCAGGUGAGGUAACACGUGUUUUUGUUUUGGACUCAGGUGAGCGCUGAGCUGGCCCGCCGGACCCUCUCGGUGUCAGUGGACGGUUCGAGUCCAGACUCGGCGCAGGUUAAAGGAAACCUGCUGGAUGUGGAGGACCGGCUUUACCUGGGCGGACUCCCGCACACACACACCUCCAGGAGAAUCAAUGUACGCUCUUCACCUGUCUAAUGUCACAGUCGUGUCUGCGCACCUGAGCUGCACCUGCACUACCUGUUCAAUUACACGGGUCCUCUCUGCCCUGCUCUUUUGUCUUACAGGUCAGCAGCAGUUUUUCAGGAUGUCUCCGCUCUGCCAGUUUGAACGGCGCCGUGUUGGAUUUGUCCAAACCGACCUCCAAACAUGAUGUCACUUCCUGCUUUUCUAACGACCAGACAGGAAGUUACUUUAAUGGCAGUGGAUACGCCACCCUGAGUGAGUCGACCAGGAAACCAGAAUUUAUUCUCGAAACCUUCAGAUCAGAUCAGAGGAUUUAACUCUGUGUGUGUGUGUGUGUGUGUGUGUGUGUGUGUGUGUGUGUGUGUGUGUGUGUGUGUGUGUGUCAGUGCGUGACGGUUACAAGGUUGGCUCUGACCUGUCGGUGUCCCUUGAGUUUCGAACCAGCCAAUCAGAAGGGGUCUUUUUUGGGAUCAGCAGUGCGAAAGUGGACGCCAUCGGACUGGAGAUGGUCAACGGCCAGGUGAGCUGACAGCACCUGUGUGUGGCGCGACUGUGCGCAUAAAUAAACGACAUGUAAGUGUGUUGUUAAUAAAACGGCGGUGUUUUUAAGGUGGCGUUUAAUGUGAACAACGGGGCGGGGCGCGUGUCGGUGCGUUCGAUCGGUCACAUGCUUUGUGAUGGACGCUGGCACCGCCUGCUGGCGAGAAAAACCAAACACACUCUGACCCUGAGUGUAGAUGGGCGGAGCUACACCACGGCAAACCCUUACCCACAAUCCACCUCUGCUGAGACCAACAACCCCAUAUACCUGGGAGGAUAUCCAGGUAAGGACUAAGAUCAUUAAACCAAAAAACACGACAUAUUAAGGCUGCCCACCUGUCGAACCCUUUACACCUGUCUGACUCUGUACCUGUCGAACCCUUUACACCUGUCUGUCUCUGUACCUGUCGAACCCUUUACACCUGUCUGACUCUGUACCUGUCCUUUUGUUUUCCAGAGGGAGUAAAGCAGAACUGCCUGUCGAUCAACUCCAGGUUUAGAGGUUGUCUGAGGAACCUCCAGAUUAUCAAAUCUCACCUGAGCGGGGCGUUGACCCUUAGCUCCGCCCACUUCUUGUUGGGCGUCACUCCUAAUUCAUGUCCUGCCGCCUAGCAACAAAGAAGCUCCCGUCUUAAAACAGAACCGAAGAAACAUUUUACUAAAUUUUAAAAGUUUGACCUGAAACCGUGGAUCUCCACCUGCUGUGCUUCAUGUUUGAAGAGUAAAUUACAGAUGAAUGUUCUCAGAUAAGUCAGGUCAGGGUUAUCACUAAAGAUGUGUUAAUGAAGAAGAGUCAGAGCUGAUGAGUUAAUAACACCCAUCAAUAAAGAGAUGUGUCAGUCA